UCCUAAGAGAAGAGGAGAGGAGAGGAGAAGAGGUUUCCUCUCUCGUUGCGCUGCUUCCCGCUUCGAUCUUCUCCGGUUUUGGCGGAAAGUCUCUCGCUUUCUUCGCAUCUCGCCUCACUCGCCUCUACCCAUCGGCGUCGGAGGGUCGCAGUUUGUGGUAAUCUUUCCAGUAGCAACAGAUGAAGAAAGGUUCUCGUCGAGCAAGGGAAGAGGAUGAGAGGAGAGAUGGACCGGAAAGAAGACAGAGGUAUGAUAGUGACUUGAAGCAGGAUGAGAUAGAGGGAAAGGGAACAGAUGGUGAGAAAGAGGGAAUAGAUGGCAGAAACGCUGAUAGUUGGAGAUCAGAGCAACCAGCAUCGUGGGAUGAUGCAUCAAACUUGGGCAGAAGUGGAGGAAUUUACAUUCCUCCAUUUAAGUCGGCCCAAAUGAUGAAAGAGGUGGAAGAUAAAAGCAGCAUUGAGUAUCAACGGUUGACGUGGGAUGCUUUAAGGAAGAGUAUAAACGGAUUGGUCAAUAAGGUCAAUGCAACAAACCUGAAGCAUAUUAUUCCUGAACUUUUUGCUGAGAAUCUCAUCCGUGGAAGAGGUCUGUUUUGCCGUUCGUGUAUGAAGUCGCAAAUGGCUUCUCCAGAGUUCACGGAUGUUUUUGCCGCAUUAGUUUCUGUCGUCAACUCAAAGUUUCCAGAGGUUGGCAACCUUCUACUGAGGAGGAUUCUCUUGCAACUCAAGAGAGCUUUUAAGCGGAAUGACAAGCCUCCAUUGCUUGCUGCUGUUAAAUUCUUGGCACAUCUAGUCAACCAGCGAGUGGCUCAUGAGAUUGUUGCUUUGGAGCUGCUCACUGUUCUGCUGGAAAAUCCUACCAAUGACAGUGUGGAGGUUGCUGUUGGUUUUGUGACCGAGUGUGGUUCCAUGCUGCAAGACCUAUCUCCUAAAGGACUACAUGGUAUCUUUGAACGGUUUCGUGGAAUUCUGCAUGAAGGCGAAAUAGAUAAGCGAGUUCAGUUUUUGAUUGAAGGCCUCUUUGCCAUUAGAAAAGCUAAGUUUCAGUCUGCAGUUCGUCCAGAAUUGGACCUUGUAGAGCAAGAAGAUCGACUAACACACGAGAUAUCACUCCAGGAGGACAUCGAUCCAGAAAUAACUCUUGACAUAUUCAAGCCUAAUCUGCAGUUCGUGGAGAACGAGAAGCGUUAUGAAGAAUUGAAGAAAACCAUCCUUGGUGAUGAGUGUGAGGAGGAAGAAGAUUCUGAAGGAGGCUCAGAAGAUGGAUCUGCUGAGGAAUUUGAUGAAGAAGAGGAUGAACAGAUGAAAAUUAAAGAUGAGACAGAGACAGAUCUUGUAAAUCUCCGGAGGAGAACGAUAUAUCAAACGAUUAUGUCCAGUGGUGAUUUCGAGGAAGCAGGGCAUAAGUUAUCACAAAUUAAACUAGAAGCUGGACAAGAGAUGGAGUUAUGUAUAAUGAUGUUGGAGUGUUGCAGUCAAGAGAGUACUUACCUCCGCUACUAUGGUCUGCUAGGGCAGCGGUUUUGCAUGAUCAACAAAGUUUAUCAAGAGAACUUUGAGAAAUGCUUCCUUCAGCAAUACUCAAUGAUUCACUGUCUUGAAACCAACAACAUGCGAAAUGUGGCAAAAUUUUUUGCCCACUUACUUAUAACUGAUUCUCUACCAUGGCACAUCUUUGCCUAUGUACGAUUGACUGAGGAGGACACCACUUCAUCAUCACGAAUAUUCAUCAAAUUCCUCUUUCAGGAACUGUCAGAGCAUCUGGGGAUCCAUUUGCUUAACGAACGCCUGAAUGAUCCAUUGAUGCAGGACUCUUUUGAAUCAAUUUUUCCUAAAGACAAUCUAAAGAACACAAGAUUCUCCAUCAACUUCUUCACAUCCAUUGGACUUGGCGGCAUAACUGAGAACUUGCGUGAGUAUUUGAAGAACAUGCCGCGCCUCAUCAUGCAGCAGCAGCAAGCAUCGUCAAGCUCAGAUGAUGAGUUGGGAAGUUCAAGCUAAUCUUCUUCUGAAUCAUCUGGAAGUGAGAGGGAUAGGAAACAGUAGAUAACAUAGUAGGGGAUACAUUUGUUUUGCUUGGGCUACUGAUGUAAAUAGAUUAAUGUGUUGUUGUCAUACUUAAAUUUCCUUUACCCUUGUUAUCUACUCUAGAGGCACUCCGGUUGAUCUUAAUGAGCAAAGGUAUGGGGAUUUGCUGAAAGAAAAGAGUUUCUUCUCUUUAAUGUUGACAGUGAAGACAUAUGGUGGCAUCAUCAUGCGGCAGCAGCAACCAUCGUCAAGCUCAGAUGAUGAGUUGGGAAGUUUGAGCUCAUCUUCUUCUGAAUCAUCUGGAAGUGAUAGGGAUAGAAAACGCAGUAGAUAGAGGACAUAUGAGGUGAUACUUCUGUUUUGCUUGGGCUACUGGUGUAAAUAGAUUUAAUGUGUUGCUGUCAUACUUCAAUUUCCUUUACCCACGUUAGCUACUCUAGAGUUACUCUGGUUGAUCUUAACGAGCAAAGGCAUAGGGAUUUGCUGAAAGAAAACAGUUUUUUUAUCUUAAAUGUUGACAGUGAAGACAUGGAGGCAGAGUAGGAUAUGCUGAAAGCUCAGUCUAGUGCUGUUCUUCAUGAAUUUGUGCAUCUUACUUAGCA